GGUGCUGGUGGCGGUGGGGGCAGGGCUGCAGCAGCUGGGCCUGAUCAUCCUGCUGCUGUGGAAGUGCGGCUUCUUCCGGAGGGCGAGCACGCGCGCCAUGUACGAGGCCAAGGGCCAGAAAGCGGAGAUGAAGAUCCAGCCGUCUGAAACGGAGCGGCUGACCGACGACUACUAGCUCCCCUUUGCCCUGAGAGCCCACUCCAUCCUCUGGUGCGACUUCUUCAAGCGGACCCGCUAUUACCGGAUCAUGCCCAAGUACCAUGCUGUGCGGAUCCGCCAGGAGGAGCGAUGCCAGCCUGCUGACAGCUUCCUGCCCCGGAAGCACAAGAAACACUGGGUAACAAACUGGCAGGAGUCAGAAAAGUACUACUGAGCCCCCGCUCCCCGCCCCCGUCGUCCUGCCAGCGUCUCCUCAGCUUGCCUCUCUGCGCACGUCGCUGCUGUGUGCAAGUAGCCCACGGACCAGCCCCUGCCGGCAAGUUAUCCUGCAGCCCCAGAACUUUCUGGAGUGGCACGGGAGCAAACUACACAUGCCAGGGAGCAGCCGUGCAACACGAUCCUGCCAGUGGGAACACGAGGAGCUUUUUGUUUUGCACAAAGUGGUUAUUUCCCACAUAUUGACACAAUCUCGUCUAUCUGGGCACAAUUGCUGUGCGUUGUGUGUGCCCCAGCCCCCCCGGCUCUCUCGCUUCCUGUCAUGCUCACAUGUACGGAAAAGUGCCUCCUUGCGCACCGACAGCAUGUGAUCUUGCACAACCCCACGGUGUCUCUACCACAUCCUUGUGCACACUUAGCUGGACCUUCCCCAGUGCUCUUGUGCACACAAAGCAUAGCUCUGCCUCCUCACCGUGCACACACGCAUGUGGAGAUGAUCUCUCGUGCUGUCAGGUCCCCGCACACUCUCGGCUGCUACGGCUCAUGAUUCCUACAGCCCGUUGGCAUGAGUUGUGUCAGGACCACGUGACACCCCCUCACUGUCAUGUUCUUGCACAUGGGUGACUAGUGCACGGUGCCCAGCUUUAACUCUUUGCACAUGGAUGCUCACCCUGCCCCUCCAUCCGUCUGCACACAUGGCUCCUCGUGCACCGAUUCACCCGUGUGAUGACGGAAGCCGGGCCCUGCCCACGUGCUGUCUGAUGCACGUUCACGGUCGCUGCGUCUCCCUGGCACACGCCGACGCCGGGCCCGCCCGGGUGUUCUGCCCCUUGACAGAAGGGGAAAGUGGCACCAGGACCCGGAACGCGGCCCCUGUCCUGCCAGGAGGAAGAAGCCAGGCAACGCCUCACGGCCCCUGCGCCGCCCUGGACACUGGAUGUUUUGCCACUGGAGUUUAUGUGAGAGCUACUGGUACCCUUCCCUGCUUGUCUCCGGUGGGGGAGGGGCGCGGGUUGCAGCCGGGGCCUGGCUGGUGGAGAGCCGUGCCUGUGGUUGGGGGAGGGUGGAUGGUGGGGGGAGGAGCUCCCCUCCCCAAAGCGACACACUCAGUGGAGCUCAGCUCUCCGAGGAGGAGGAAAAAGGCCUUUCCGGCCGGGGCGUUGUGGCAGAGCUAGGCCCGUGCCCAGGUCGCACGCAGCCUGGCCCUUUCCGACUCCUCCGGAUGCACAGACCUGGGCCCUGCAAGCCCCAGCCCAGCCGGGAGACUUCCAAAGCAGGGGCUGAUCUUGCUCCCUGUGGGGCACUAGGCCUCCCCUGCCGACCCAGCCCCACCCCCAAGCCGGGGCCGCCACAGGAAAGCCGGACUCUGCUCUGCGUGCCCAUGGAGGUGCUGAGUCGGGGGGACCUUGCGGCCGUUUGCAGCACCAGCCUCUGCCCCUCCCCACUGCCCGCAGCCUCGUGGCUGGAUCUGCCUAAGCCUGGAGCCGCUGGGCCCCGUUUCCUGGGGGCAGCGCAGGGCCUACCCCUGCACCUGGCCUGGCCUGGCCGGGGGUGCGGAUUACCCCAGACCCUGCCACCGUGUCGCUGUGAGACCUGCCCCUGUCAGCCCUCUGCUGCCCCCCUGUGCUGCCCUUGGUUUGCUGCAGGCCUCAGCAGGUCCCCCUGUCCCAUCCCAACCAUGCAGCUGAGUUUUCCUGCUGUUGGCUGGCAGGCAGUGUUCCGUUCCCAGCGCUCCCUGGGCGCCAGCCACUCGCGCACUCUUGCUGGGGGGCAUUCUUGCAGGCAUCACACAGCGCUUUCAUUGGGGGCACCGCCCUGGUUUACAAUAAAGGGACCUGCAAGGAUGAUGGUUUCCUGCCCUGCCCACUCUGACACACUCCCUCGGUGCCCCCGGCUGGGGAGUUAAAUUAUUAGGUGUGCACGGGGGGUGGUUUUUGCUGUUGAUCACUGGAGUUCGUUUCUUCUAUGGUACUGGAGGUCUGGAGUCACUGUGCCUGGAUGUGAAUAUGCUUGAGCAGUUAUGAUGGCGUCAAAUAAAAUUGCUCUGAUUUGUAACAUGC